AUGCUCAGUGUAAACUCAGCACUGAAACUGCUAGCCGGUAUUUGCAUCUUUUCGCAAGUAACGGGAUCUGUAGUCCCAACGGAUGGGUUUGAGAUGCAUAACUUUCUCGGACGCCGUGGUUCAAAUUCGGGCGCUGGUUCCAUCGAAGAUCCUGGUAUAUUUCCCGGUCCCGAUGGCCGGUCUCAAUUUUUGAAAGGCUGGCCUGAGCUGCCUCCUCUCCCAGGAGCUAAGAUUGACAAUGAGACGUUCGUGGUAGGCAAGCAAAAGGCGGUUAUCACCACCUACAUCAAUGAGAAGUACGAUGCCAGCAAGAUUAAGCGCGUUGUUAUCCAGCUUCAUGGCGAAUACCGUGACGCAUGGAACCAAUGGAUGUAUGCCAAUAUGUCCGCUACCAAAGCUGCCAAGGCAAGCAAAGAUAUUAACCUUGACGAAAUUCUCGUGGUUGCCCCCAUGUUCUUCUCGAUUGAGGACCAAGGUGCAUACCCAGUGGAUUCGGAUGGUGUCAGUAAUAGCCAUGCGCUUAUUUGGAACCAGAAUGGCUGGGGUGAUGUUGCCGAUGCCAUUUAUCCAGUUUUUGAUGCCGAUGGAAACUUGAGCAACCCGUCGUACAACUUUACGAGCAGGGCUGUGGAUAAAGCGCACAAGGCUUCCAGACAGAGCAGUCGCUCUAUGAAAUCCGCAAGUACCAAAGCGCAUUCUACAAAGAAAGGGAAGCGCAACUUGGUGGGCUUGUCCGACAAGAGAGCGGAGAGUGAUGGCCCCCUUCUUGCGAGUCUCGACGCUUUGGAUGCCUACUCAAAAUAUUUUAGCGACAAGGGAAGGUUUCCCAACUUGAAAAUGAUUGUCAUGGCAGGUUUUAGUAUGGGUGGCCAAACUGUGGGUCGUUACAUUACCUUCCGCAAAGACACGGAAAAUGACGACAGGAUCAACUAUUGGGUUGCUAGUCCGGCAUCGUUUAUGUAUUUGAACAGCAGCCGCCCUGUUCCAAAUCCGGAAAAGUGUUCUGGGUACGAUGACUAUAAAUAUGGUUUGAGCGGCAAACUUCCUGCAUACUUUAACCGUUCUGUCGACACGCAAAAGGACAUCCUUAAUCGCUAUUUGACGCGUAAAACCACGUACCUCGUUGGCUCUGAUGACAGUAGUGCGGGCGAUACGUCGUGCUCCGCUAUGGUUCAGGGCCACGACCAUGUUGACCGUAUGCACAAUUGGGUCAACCUAGUGCUUCCUUACCUCCCUGGCAACCCUACGCCUGGCAAGAUGCCGAAAAUUAUUUCUGCGGCUGUCGUUGAUGGAGUGGCGCACAAUGCUGCUGGUAUCAUUCUGUCGACUGCAGGUGUUCAAAGUCUCUUUCUUAUGGACUACAAUGGACGUGGUCUAGAUGCUAGUGGUCCUAGCGUGCUUAAGCCUGGUGAAGAUGAGCGCGGUAUUCCGCAAAAUGCAGCGCCUCAUGGACCUUCUCCUAUCUUGUCACUUUACGGCUCUCUCCUGGCAGUAGUAGCAUCGCUCGUGCUGCGCAUGCUCUAA